CCUCAGACGACUUGCAUAAUAUUACCGAUUGGUAGUUGUAGAAAAAAAAAAAAUAUAUAGGUGUUGUAUAAUAUAUAAAGUAAAUAGUAUUGAUACACCUAUGCAUACAUAAUAGUAUAGGUAACCGCACAAAGAGUACGUAAUGAGUUUCAAUAAUACCCAAGUUAUCUCCGAAACUAUUACUCCGUAGUCAAUAAAAUAUUGUUAGGUACAGGUAUCCAUUUUUAUCGAGACAUCAAAUACGUAGUUAAACUUCGAAAAAAGUUGAAAAUCCUAAAUCUAACAUAUUGUAAUUUACGUACGAACGCGAUUCAAUAAAUUGUUCAAUAAAAAUAUUCCAGAUGAAAACGACGAUGUUAAAAGUGAGAUGGGCAAUAUUAAUAGUAGUCGAAAAGAUAUUCCUAAUCGACGACUGUUCCAGGUAUGUACGUUGUAUUUUUUCGUAAGUCUUGCGACAAACGUGAGGACCAGUCCGAUAUCGGUUGAUGAAUAUGAAUUGACGACGGAGGAAUCUUAUUGGGAGAAUUAUGUGCCCUCAACCGCCACGUGAGUGAAAACUUUUAUUUUUGACUUGUGACACUCGAGUCAUCGUUUCGGCCGUGUCACCAAUCUGUUUAAAUAAUGUGUUAUGUUCGAAAUAGAUAAGAUAAUGAAUAACAACACAAACACGGAACGCGUAUAUAAAACGUGCAUAGACGUGCGCGAUAUUCGUGCAGGGAAAGCCAGUAAUGUAUUCAGUAGCGAUGACAGACACUCGUAAUUUUUUGUUUUUCUAUAAAAGAUUCAAAAUUAUGUACAUCAAAAAAAGGUCAUUGUCGUUUUUCUACUGCAUCAAUAUUUCUGAUAGGAAAACAUUGUCCAUGUCUAUACAAAUUUAAAAUAAUGAAAUCGUUGUGCCGUAAUUUGAAAAAAAAAAUCGUAUCUUUCUUUUUUUUAGUUUAUCAAAAUUAUUAGAAAAAAAAAUUACGAAAUAAUUAAACCGGGACUUCACAUUGCCGUAAAUAUUAAUCAAUUUUAAUUUUUUGAUUUCACCCAAUUAUUAUGAUAAAUACUUUAGAUAUCACAAAACUUUCUCUAUCAGUUUGCCUGUAAUUUUUUUCGGGGUUUUCUUAAUUGAUUCGAAAACCCAUUGGAAAAUCAAAAAAAAGGCGUCCCCAAUGCACCAAAUAGAGAAAAUUGUCUUUCAGAAAAAGUACUAUACUCUAUACAUCGGAUAGCAUGUAGUAAUGAUAACAUUCAAAAUAAUAUUAUCGAAUUUGUUUUUUGUGAUCGAAUAAAAUUCAAACCGGCAAAAUAGGGAAAUCAAUUCCAUUUUUAAAAAAAAUGUUAUUUAAAGAAUUUACCUGUUAUAAAAAAAAAAUAUAUAUACAACUUUUUGUAUCAAAAAUAUUACGUCUAGGAACAUACUAUUCCCACUGAAUCUAAUUUACAUAUUCGAAAACCAUUUAUGCGUAUGAUUUCUUUCGUUAGAAUGACGCUCAAGCCACCUGCAGAUGAUGACAAGGAAAUAGAUAGUACCACUGAAACUGUGAAUCAUAUCGAAAUAUUUGCAAUGAAGAGUAAUGAAGAAUACACGAAUGAUGCGAGUUCUUCAAUGACUCUGGUAACGGGUUAUAGAGCCGAAACCUAUGAUUUUUCGAGUAGAGAGAAUAUUGCGUACACGGAUGAUCAGUAUAAUUCCUCAAAUAGUUCAACUACCACAAUAACUCCGGUAACGGAUUAUAAAGCCGAAACCUAUGAUUUUUCUAGUAAAGAGAAUAUUGCGUACAUGGAUGAUCAGUAUAAUUCCUCAAAUAGGUCAACUACCACAUUAACUCCGGUAACGGAUUAUAAAGCCGAACCCUAUGAUUUUUCGAGUAGAGAGAAUAUUGUGCACACGGAGAACACUUAUUCUACAAUCAUAAUGAUCAUAAUGAGGACACCUAUGUGUAUACCAGUGGACAAUAAGACCGUUCAUGGAUAAUAACAAUAAGUCCUCUAUAAUAAUUCACAUAUUUCAGUUUCAUCUCAGACGGAUUUUAAGUAAAUAUUGUUUAUUUUUUUUACUAAAUAAAUAUAAAUACUAAUUUUUUUUAUCAUUUUCGUUUCAAUGUUUUUUUUAAUUUAAUUUAACGUAGUAUAAUUUAGUUUCAUGUUAUAGCUAUGUUUCUUAUUUACUAGUUACUUAAUAAUUUUAAGUUUUAUUUUAUUUACAAGUAAUUAUGACCUAUUUAAUAUGUUUACAAAUUAAAAGUCGUUUAAUAUGUAAUAUAUCUAUUAAUAAAAACAACAUUAAUAUUGUAAAUUGAAUACCAUCCUAAUCUUUAUAACCUUUAGUUGUAUUGUGUUGUUAGAAAAUGCUUAAGUAUAAUUUAAUUUUAUCAUGAAUGUGUUAAUUUUAUUUGAUCAUAUAAUAUAUUAUAAUAUUUUUUCAAAAACUAUUCACUAUAGUACUAUACAGUAUAGUUAGUAGUGGUAUAGUAACUUUAGUUGUCAAAUUUGGGUCUAUAUAUCAGUCAUGGUACUAUUUGAUACCACCCUGCGCCACCCUGUUAGUAACAUUUCUUUCUGGAAUAUAACUCUAAUGUACUCAAUGUUACUGAGUCUUAUUCAGCUUACGUAGAUGGCCGCUAUAGAAUUUAGACCGGUACCCGUGUAGGUUAUAAGGUGACUUUAUUGUUGUUUGGUUAACUGGAGGAUUUAUAUCUCGCUCAAUUUCUUGAGUGUAAUGUAAUGAGGGCCAUUUUCUAAUGAGACCCCUUGAAUAUUAUACUUUUUUUUUUUUCAAUAUUUCAGAUAAAAACAGACGGACAUAAUUCACACGAUGGGUGCAGCCACUGUUGUUGGUGAGAAGUUGGGAAUGUAGGGUAAUAGAGGGUAGAUAUAUUAAUUUGUAUCUGUAAGCAACGAAAAACCAUUGCUAACGAAAAAUCGAUUCUGAAUAAAGUUCAGUUGAUAGUGAUGCUUUGUCAACAAUAUGUAUGUCUUAUUAUAGUAAAAUAAUUAAAUAGGCAUUAUAUAUUUUCUUUAAUAAUAUUUGUUUAAUAUUAUAUCGAUUUUCCCGUUUUUUCUACGUUUUAAUUAACGUAGUUGAUUAAAGAAAUUAUGCGGGAACUGACUUUUGGGUCACUCUGGAUAAAAUAAUAUUUUCAAGAAAGAAAAGCGAAGAGAAACGAUGAAUACAUUGAAUGUACUAUGAUGUAUUUUUAUUUAUGUGUUUUUCUGUCUAUAAACAAAUUUUCUACCAGAAAUCUUACACCGAAAUCGGUGUUUACAAAUAGAAAUUGAAUAAUCUUAUGUGUCUAACUUUCUCAACGCCUCAUCUAAAACAGUGGUUACACCUAUUCCCAGCAUCACCCCUUUUUUAUUUUACUUAGUAGUAACUUUUUUCGGAAGUUCUCUCAAAUUUCAACUCUGGAUCCGCCAUUGCUCUCAACAUAUUAAAUUAUAGGGUUCCGGCAUAAAUAAUGGUAUUUCAAUCUGUCUUUAACGGACGCGGACAGUAAUAUUUCUCUUCGUUGGCAUGAUAACGGACAAUUUUACUUUAAAAUAAAGAAAAUAAACGAAUUAUACACCUGACUGUUAUUUUAUUAUAUCACUGAAAACGAUAACAUUUUGUGUGUGGUCAAUAUAGAUAAAAUAUUAAAUCUUAUUUUAUUAAAUCGAAACCGUCAUUCCGCACUGUUUAUGACUUAGUUCAGAGUAGAUUGUUUUUUCUUUGUAAUAGUACCUUCUGUUCUGUGAACUGUUCUGAAAUCGUUCACUUUUAAGUAAAAGUGGAAAUUAUUUGGUCUAGAGACACUAAUGGUUUAUCUGCUCGUUAAUACGCUGAAAAAUUUAGCAUCCGUAAGUAACCGAAUGAAUUUUACUAUAAAAAUACUAAAACCUUUCUACAACAGAUCCCUGUAUAAAGCGGACAUUUUUUAAUGUUCCGUGAAUGUCUAUUAAAGGCAGCUGGUUUCACUGUAUUGAAGUAUUGACAUUUUGAUUUGUUUAUUUUUACAUUUCAUACGUAUUUACAUAAUAUUAUAUAGGAGAAGCUAUGUACAUUUUGGUAAAAUGUAAUUUUUUUUUCCCAAAAAAAAAAAAUGCUCAAAAUUAUCCACAUCGCACCAUAGAAGAUGCGGAUUUUUAAAUCGACGUGGUGGUACUUUAUUUGAAAGCAUUUUCCUAUAUUCCCAACAGUUAAAAAAAAAAAAAAACUAAAAAAUUAUACUAUAUUUAAUACCUUCUAAAUUUUCUAUCUACAAUAGUGGUCACCCAUGGUGCAGCGUGUAUCCAAAUAAUUGUAUUAUUAAUUGUAAGAUUAUUAAAUUUUAUUAAUAUAUUGUUUAGAAGAUAAUAUAUAUUUAUAACUAUUUAUAAGUGUAACAAUUAUAAUAUCUGAACUGUGUAGCGAGUUAUUUUAUUUUUCGUGUUAAUAAAUAUAAAUCAAUGUGGUUAUUUCUAUAUAAUCGCUAAAUAACACUUGUAUUAUUUAAAUUAUUGUUAUUUAUGAUAUUGUUUAAAAAAAAAUGAUGAUAACAUUUCAAUGUUAUUUAAUUCAUUAUUUUAGUUAUAGUUUUUUUUCACUCGUUAUAUGUAAUUAUAUGAACACCUAAGCAGAAUGUUUUGAUAUCUUUAAUGUGUUGUUAUAACUAUAAUAAUUAUAGUUAAUAUAUUAAUUGUAAAAUAAAUUAAUGCUAAAUACAGUUAACAUAUUGAAGAGUGUCUGCAUUUUAAUUCAUAUAAUUGUAAGUGGGUAAGUAUUACACACUCAAUUUUUUUUUCUUACCACUAAGUUCGACUCGCAAUGAUUUUCCUGUCAAAUUUUCAAGCACUUCUGUUAAGUCUAACAAUUUUAUUUACAGAGUACCUACUUACUAAAUACAAAUUACUUAAAAAUUCACAAAAUUAAAAUAUAUAUAAAUAGCUCGAAAAAAAUGGUUCUAAUAUUUUGAAAACUUUACUUAAUACUUUAAUUGGACAACUCGCUCUACUAAAAAGUAUUCUUUAAGCUGAUUAGAACUUGUUUAAAAGUUUUUUACAGAUACAAAAAAAAACUUGUAUCAUAGUAAAAUGAGGAAUGUAUUUCUUUGAUUUCUUUUUAUGCUCAGAAACGAAAAAAAUAUAAAAUAUAUAUUUAGUAAUAUGUGAAAGGUACUUAUGUAUACUAAAUAAUAUAGGAUUUUUCACGAAGCUUUUGCAAAAUCUCCUGAGAUAGUCAAAUUCUAUUUUUUUAUAUCACUCGCAGGGAUAGGAGUACAAAUACUUAUAUAUGGAUUAAAUGUUUAUGUUUUGGUAAAAAAAAAAUGUUUUAUUUUAUUAUUUUUGAAAAAUUUGAAAAUAGUCAUUUUAUAAUUGGCUUUUAAAAUUAUUAAAAACCACGAAAUUAAUGAAAAUAAUAAGUUGAAAUGUUAACAUUUUCAGAAGAAUUAUAACCUUAUGAAAUGACCGUCUUCAAAUUUUUCAUAAAUAAUAAAAUAAAAUGUUAUUUUUACCAAAACACAAAUAACUAAUUGAAAUAUAAAUAUUUGUAGUUUUUAUUCCGUAAGUAAUAAAAAAAAAAUAAAAAAAAAAUCAAUAUUUAAUUAUCUUAUUAUUUUCGGAGAUAUUAUAGAUAUAUAAUAAGUAUAGUAUCUUCGUGGGAUUCUCAGUACAUAUAGUAGGUAACCAUAAUGUUCAUAAUAUUAUGUUAUUAACGUUUACUGAGUUAUCUACGAAAUUAUAGUUGUUAAAUAUUUGUCACCGUUUAUUAUAGUGACCUUAAACAAUUAAAUUUAACAAGUCUGUAAUUAUUGUGUAAGUAAAUUCGUACGUUAUUAUGAUGACGCUCAAUGCAUAUUUUUUAAUAAUUUAUUUAACCGUUCGACCGGCAAGAAAAUACGCUGUGAAACAUUAUUUCAAUACAAUAAUAUAUUAUUAUGUUACGCAUUUUAUGAAAAAUAAUAAAAAAUCAAAUAUAUUAUUAUAAUUUACGAUCGAAUUGCGAUCAUUCAAUAUAUCAACAUGAAAACGGUGACGUUAAAAGUGAGAUGGGCAAUAUUAAUAGUAGUCGAAAAGAUAUUCCUAAUCGACGACUGUUCCAGGUAUGUACGUUGUAUAUUUUCGUAAGUCUUGCGACAAACGUGAGGACCAGUCCGAUAUCGGAUGAUGAGUAUGAAUUGACGACGGAGGAAUCUUUUUGGGAGAAUUAUGUUCCCUCAACCACCACGUGAGUGAAAACUUUUAUUUUUGACUUGUGACACUCGAGUCAUCGUUUCGGCCGUGUCACCAAUCUGUUUAAAUAAUGUGUUAUGUUCGAAAUAGAUAAGAUAAUGAAUAACAACACAAACACGGAACGCGUAAUUAAAACGUGCAUAGACGUGCGCGAUAUUCGUGCAGGGAAAGCCAGUAAUGUAUUCAGUAGCGAUGACAGACACUCGUGUUUUUUUGUUUUUCUAUAAGAUUCAAAAUUAUGUACAUCAUAACUCUAGGUACCUACCUACUUAUUUUUCUUCUUAUUAACCAUUUGAAAAUAAUUUUGAAUUUUCGGCUUCCUUGUCUACCACGAGCUUAUUCCAAGAAUGUAGUGAUACAAAAUAAUAAUCUAAAGCGAUUUUCAUUUUCAUUUUUUUUUUUUAUUAUUUUUUUUUUUUUGUACGCGCAUUUAUUUGAUUUCUUUUUCAAUUAUUCCAUUAAUUUAGAAGAUUAAACGAGUAUUAAAUGUUUUUGCCUGUUAAAAAUCUUAGGUUUUCGUUUAACUAUAUUAUUUAUAGUUCUUAUGUUUCACGAAUUGUAUAGAACUCAACUGCGGUGACGCGACCGGUAAACAAAAAUUAAAAACUUGAGUGCUAUUCAAACUCGCUAAAAGCGACAUGCAAACUAAUUUGUUAAAUAUAUUUUAUUAUUUGUGUACAAAUACAAUGUAAAGGAAAAGUAUACAAUUUGGAGAAUGUAGAUUUUGUAGGUAAUAUUACUUAUCUAUUCGUUUUAAUAAAAGUAGAAGUUUUUUUAUCCAUUAAGUAUUACUUUCUAUUCAAUUUGAUUUUGAAAUGCAUAAUAAAGCCUUGGCUAUAUACAUCAAAGUGCCACGGAAGUAGUACAUGUUACUACUAAUGUAAUAUUUGUAUGUAUCAUAAACAUAUUUAAAUAAAAACAAAACUGUAACUGAUGCGAGAGCUACAAAUUAUACAAUAUUAGUUAUUUAGUAUCAAAUUAAACAUUAAACAUUAAAGAUAUAUGUUUUCGGUUUUCCAAAUGUUCUCCAAUUUUGUACGUUUUAACAUUUUUUUUUUUUAGAUUUUAAUGACUACUUCUAUUGCUCGACACCCAUUUAGAGAGAAGCGGUAUGACCGUUUUCGGUGCAUACUAGUCGCCUCCCAAAUGUGCGAAAUGCCUCCUAUCCUUAUCGUAAAUAGAAAGAUUAACAUACACUAGCUACCUCCGACGAUUAGGUAGUUCAUAAUUAUACACGAAAUGCCUCCUAAAAAUGUUUGUACUAAUUCUCCCAUUUUGAAUAAAGUGGUGGUUCAUAAACUAAACUGAAUUUAAUAUAAUAUUUAUAACUUUAUUAAAAAUAAUAAUUUAAUUGGUCAAUAAAAAAAACAUGUACAUGAACAGUACUUGUUCAGAUAAUGUUUAUUAUGGUUCAACUUAUUUUCGUUCACUUUCGUCUAUUUUUAAAACAGCUUUGCAUAUUUUUGUCGUACAGUUCCCCCGUUCUUUGUUGUAGGCUAACUUUUUUUGAAAACUAUUAAUUAUUUUAACACGCUUGUUCUUUUCACUGAUAAUUUCCCGCAUUUCAAUUUGAUCCAUUCUAAAAACUUAUUGUACAAUUUAAAAUCAUUUAAUAACUUUUUGUAAAAAUAAAAUCAUAUGACGAGUGUUGGAGCUUAGCUAACGAAAGUAGUCACAAGAGGUUUAAUGUUUAAUAUUAGUCGUACAAUCUUAUCAAUGCAUAAAAGUCAUAGAUUAAGACUUUGAAUGCAUAAAUCCAAAAUCCAAUGGUCGGUUAUUAAUAAGUAACAACCAACAUAAUAUAUCUUCAUGAUAAAAGAUUUAAACAAAUCUAUAUAUCUAUGCAUACUGUUUGAAAAGUUUUGAAUCGUUUGUGAACCACUUAUACAUUCAUUACCUACCUAUUGGGAGGCAACUAGUAGUAGACCCUUUUCGUUUACGAUAAAGUUUAGGAGACGCCAGGAGGCGUAUCCUAUACUCGUAUAUACCUGGGAGGCAAUUCGUAUUAAAAUUAUCGACCUUUUUAACCUCGGGAGGUAACUAGUAUGCGCCCGCCAUAGAGUUAAACUCAUUGUCAAUAUAAUAUGUUUCUAUCAUUUUACAUUCUGAAUACAUUAAAAGAUGUAUUUGUUUUACUAUGAUGUGUGCGCAUUUAUUAUUAUUUUUUUUUUUUUUGAGCAUACCGAGGAAUGUGUUGAUUUUUUCUAUGUGUGCGAUUUUUUUUUCUAUCUAUAAAGAACUUUUCUACUUUUUCUACUUGAUCCAAUCAAAAAUUGGACUUAUUAAAAAUGACCACUGGGAUUGAUCUAGUCAACUCUCACUUUUCGUGAGGCCAACUAUAGUUGCUUGAAUUAUAAAAGAACCCGAACAUCAAAAAAAUAUAGGUUAGGUGAGUUAAAGUAAACACAAUAUUUUAAUGAUAAAACUACAAAAUCAAUAUUAAACUAUAAUACAAAUUAUUGUUGAAUAACAUUGUUAUUCAAAUAAUGUACAUAUCGAUUAAUUAUUGUUUUUUUCAAUUAUAUAAUGGAAUCCAUACAAUUUUAUUUCAACACUAUUUUCAGUUAUUUACCGUUAUUCUUUAUAUAUUUUAUACUCCUUAAGUAUAAUUAUAUUCUGAAUGAGGAAACUCUUAAUUUUCAUAUGCAAACACUCCCUUAUAAACGCAUAUCACAUAGAAAAUAUUUUUCUAAAAUGUAUGAUAUUCAUAACAAUAAUAUCGAAUUUAUUGUUCAUGACCGAUAAUUUAGAUCAGUGAAGUAGGGAAGGACAAUAAAAAUGAAUUCCAUUUUCAAAAAAAUUCAAAAUCGAUUUGAUAAAAAAAAUGUUAUUUGAAGAAAUCACCAGCUAAAAAAAUAGAAAAAAUAUAUAUUCACAACUUUUUGUAUCAAAAAUAUUACGAAUAUAGGAACAUAUUAUUUCCACUGAAUCUAAUUUAUAUAUUCGAAAACCAUUUAUGCGUAUGAUUUCUUUCGUUAGAACGACGCCCAAGCCACCUGCAGAUGAUUACGAAGACACAGAAAGCACCACAGAAACAGUGAAUCAUGUUGAAAUAUUUGAAAUGAAGAGUAAUGAAGAAUACACGAAUAAUACGAGUUCUUCAAUGACUCCGGUAACGGAUUAUAAAGCCGAAACCUAUGAUUUUUCGAGUAGAGAGAAUAUUGCGUACAAGAAUGAUCAGUAUAAUUCCUCAAAUAGUUCAACUACCACAAUAACUUCGGUAACGGAUUAUAAAGCCGAAACCUAUGAUUUUUCUAGUAGAGAGAAUAUUGCGUACAUGGAUGAUCAGUAUAAUUCCUCAAAUAGUUCAACUACCACAAUAACUCCGGUAACGGAUUAUAAAGCCGAAACCUAUGAUUGUACAUGGAGAGAGAAUAUUGCGUACAUGGAUGAUCAGUAUAAUUCCUCAAAUAGUACAACUACCACACUCAAAUAGUACAACUACCACAAUAACUCCGGUAACGGAUUAUAAAACCGAAACCUAUGAUUUUUCGAGUAUUGAGAAUUUUUCGCGCACGGAUAACACUAAUUUUACAAACAUAAUGAGUACAAUGCCUAUGCCAAUGGAUAAUAAGACAGAAAAUAUCAAUAGUUUGAAGAGUGAAAAAACUUCUUACAUGGAUGAUAACACUAAUUUUUCCAUGAUUAAUAAGUCUGAAGGCACCAAUUUCUUUAAGAAUUUUAGUUCUACAAGGGUUUCAUCAGAUUACAAAGUACUAAAAUUCAGUUGUUCAUGCAAUAGAAUUUAUUCUCAAAUGUAUGACAGUUUAAAACUCUACAUCUCAAAUUUGCCAAGGAUUUCGGAUUACAUAGGCAACUGUGUUUCCAUUAUUUUUUCCUCAGCUGAACAAAUCAUCAAACAAAUUGUCAACGGUCAGUGUAAUAAUAUUAUUGUAUAUUUUAUUGAACUAUAGAAAUUAACUAAUCAAUUUUUUUAUAUACAUUACGUUCUUGGAAAUUAAAAACUUACUGGUUUUAUCGAAUCUAAGUAGGCAUUUAAACUCUAUCAAAUUUUACCCCAGAAAAAACUCAAAUUUUAUAGUAUCAAAUAUUUGAGCUACGCAAGCUUAAAGAUAUAUCAUACCUAUUUAGUUAUUCUGUUGAUUUGAUAAUAGGCAGAUAGGAAUAUCAAGCCACUUAAAUAAAAGCCAAUACUAUAGAUACAUAAAGCUUGUUGAAUUUUGCAGGGAAAGUGAUGUUAUCUAUUUCGCAAUUCUUUUCGCUACUAAAUGUCCGAAUACCUUUUAUGCAUACACGUUUUAACAUAUUAUGUAUUUCUGAACAAAUAGAGUACUAAAUAUAUAUUUCUAAUAAUACAUUUUAUUUUAGUGUAUUAUCUUCUGCUUCGUCUUAUUCUCCAUUCCAACUAUUUGGGGUCGACAACACUCGCCUUAACUUCUACUUAAUCUCAUUUCCAAUUUCGCAUAUACCGGUUGUCCCCAUAUCAUUCACAAUUGCAUCCAUCCAAAUAUUUUCGUUCUUCUCUUUUUUCUCAAAAAUGUUUUUCAUUACAACUUUUACUGCUUCAGAUUACUUUUAGAUUCUUAGCGGAGCGAGAAAGAUAUUGGUUUUACAAUGAUGUUUAAUUUUUAAUAUCUUUGAAUAACUUUUCUGGCAUCAAUUUUGCUCCGAUUUUUAAUUAUUGCACUUUUUCUGAAAUUAACUGACUGGGGUGAUACUUUAAGGAGGUAAGUUUUCGAUUUUCCCAAAAUUUUUCCCAAUAAAUAGGAAAAACUGUGAAAAAACGGAAAAAUGUACGAAAUGUAUUAGUCAAAUAUUACAGCUUUCUUUUUGUAAAAAUUAAAUCGGUGUCGUUGUGGUUGUGCCGUAAAUAUAUGCAGUUUUUUCUAUAAUUUUGUUUCCAGGUUUUUCUAGUUAUUUUGAAAACAUCUUAAAAAAUCAAAAAAUAACCUUUUUAAUACCGACAAGAUAAAUUUUGCUUUAAGAAAAGACGUUUCACUUGGUACAAGAUUUGAACAAGAUUUCGAAAAGUCGUUUAUAGAUAGAAAAAAAAUAAAACACAUAGUAAAACCAAUAUAUUCCUUGUACGCUAGACUCUAACACUACUAUAAAAGUGAAAAAUUAAUCAGAUGUGUUGUACGUGCAAAUUUUAAUCAUCAAAAACCAAUAAGAUUGUACCUUUAUAAUUUGAAAUGGACUCGUGGUGCCUUUAGGACACCUCGGUGCAUAGUUUUGGAACCACUUGUCUAAUGUUUCAUUUCCAAGCCUGCUCUAUAGUAUGGUGAAGUAUACACUCAAGUUUUGACUUAACUGCAGUGUUUCAUUACGGCCGGCUGUCCGGAACCAUUUGCCAGUUUAUUCAACAGUGUCCUUAUUUGCCUGUUAUAAAAUCAGUGGGUAUACACAUUAUAUUACAUUCUGGGUACCUAUACAAGAUCUUUUGAACUUCGUGUUAUAGUCAAAUAUUCCAACAAAUACUAUAAUUUUCAAAAAAACUAUUUAGGAACAUAUUAUAUUCUAAAAUGUUACAUUGUCCUUAUUCGUUUUAUUCAGUUAUUCUUAUUUUCGGGGAAUGAAUUCACUACCCAGUUUUGAUUUUCAAAUAGCAACUUACACAUUAAACAUUUCACAAAUAAAUGAAUUCAUUCCGAUAUUUGACGAUUAGACUACUCAAACACCGCGUGCCUCAUCGCCACACAAAUGAUGCUUCAUUAUCAUUUGACAUUUUCUCUACUCCCUUUUACUCAAAGCUAAAAGUCGAAUAUAUCGUCAACAAGUUAGUAUAAAUUAAAUAUGGUGAAGUGUAAUAUUAUUAAAUAAAUGAUUUUAACAAGUUAUCGAUAGUCAUCGUUUUGAAGAAUGAGUAUUAUUAAUGUUACAUGAAUUUUAAGACUAUAAAGAUUAAUAAUUAUUAAUACAAGGAAGUUUCUAUUUGUGUAAAAUAUACAACCGAAUAUAUUGCACAUAAUAUAGAGGUCUGAAAUAAGCGAAUGUAAAAGUCGGUAAUCCGUGUACAUCUCGAAUCCGGAUUACCGAAAUUCAGUCCUUAAUAGUUGGCUCACAUACGAUUUUUAGUAUUUUUAAUUAUAAAAUUACAUAUUUGUAUUAAUUAAUUAUAGGUUAUCUUGGUGACAUGGAUGAAAAAACCAAUUAUUAUUAGUCAAUUUGGUUGUCUUGGCCUUUAGAGCAAGAAAAUACCGUUGUUAAAAAUUAAAUUACCGAACAACAAUGCGACGAGUCUCGGGGAAGGACUGAAAUACAUGAUAGUGUCCCGGGAGGAUACAGUUAGGGACACAUUUUCUUUUUCGUUGAAUAUACUGUGUACACAUAAAAUCAUGUAGGACAACCAGUUUUUAAUUGUAACCAUUACACUAUACUAUAAUAUAAUUAUGGACAAUAAUACAGUCCAUUCAACAUUCACGAUACUAUAGUGAUUCUAUACAGGUGUCCCAUAAGGAUAUACGCAUUGCAAUAUUUCCUGAGAUAAUAAAGAUAAGCAAUAUUUUGUACUAUUCACUUUGAUAAGGGCUGUAAAUAUUUAUAUUUUAAUUGCAUUUUUAUAUUUUGAUAAAAAAAAUAUCUAAAAACAAAUAACUGGUUAAUUAUUGUCAAAAAAUUUGAAAAUAUCCGUUUUAUAAAAUUAAUUUUUCUGGAAAUGUUGAUGUUUCAACUUUAUAUUUUAAUUAAAUUCGUGAUUUUUAAUAAUUGUUUAAACUUCAGAGAAAAAUAACUAAAAUUAUAAAACAGCCUGUAAUUCGCUAAUUGAUGAUGAUGAUUAUAAUUGUUAUGGCCCAUUGUAACUUUUUUUUGGAUUUAAAAAUUAUUAAAACUCAUAAAUUGUAUGAAAAUAAAAAGUUGGAACGUCAAAAUUUCAAAAGAAUAAACUUUGACUAUUAAAUUUUUCAAAAAUAAUAAAAUAAAAUAAAAUUUUUUUUUAAACUAAACUCAAACUACUUAUAAAAAUUAGUAAAAAUAGGUACAAUAUAUUCAUAUUAAUUUCUUUUAUUUAUUAAUGUUCAUUUUUAGAUUCCGAGCGUAGCAAGAGAGCUAUUGGUUUUACCAGGAUGUUUAUUUUUUUUUUUUUGUUCUAAUCCGUGGACACGUUUUUUCUUAGUUUGCUCCGAUUUUUAAGUGUAGCAAUUUUUCUGAAAGUUCAAGUGAUCUGGGUGGUACUUUAAAGAGGUCAUUUUUUGAUUUUCGACGCCAUAAAUAAAAGUAUUUAAGUGGAAAGAACGUGGGAAAUCGUACAAUUUCACGAUUUCAUUAUUUUAUAAUAACACGGACGUUGCCUACCAGAAAAAAAUAAUUUAAUCGAAAAAUCACAAAAUACCCUUUUCGUUGCCUUUUUGAUUUACUUUUUAACAGUAUCAAUGCCAAAACUUUUGAGAAAUUUUAAUUUUUGGUUAAUUUUUUUUGUUGUACUUCAGUUAUAAAUACACGUAGAGACAUGAAACUUGAUAAUAGUUAUAUUGGACUUACCUAGACGUGGUAAAAUUUCCAAAAUCAUCGGACUUUUUUUCUAAUAAGCGUUUUGAAAUUAAAUUUAAACGAAAAUUUCAAACAAAAAUCACGGCACUUCAAAUUAUGUAUUAUCGAUUUGCGGUCGAAAUCGUCUUUUGUCAAGCAAUGGUUUAUUGUUGCUUACAGAUAUAAAUGAAAUAACCUUAUGUAACCUUCUCAACUUCGCAAAUACAACAGUGGCCGUUCCCAUCCCCUGUAUCAAUCUUUUUUUUUUUUAAAUUUCAUACUACUGUUAUCCUUAUCUGGUCAAUUUUUUUUCUUUCAAAUAUGAAUUACAGAAAAUUACCUAAUUUGAUCGACUUUGGUGAUAACCCAUGUCUUCUUUUGGUAACGACUUGAUCUACUUUUUAUCGAUUAACGUUGGUGUUUCUCGUUCUUUGUUAAUGAUUAACUGUUUAAAUAAAUACAUAUAUUAACUCGAAUAUCGAUAAAAUUGGCUCAAUAUCGUUGUGCAUCACUAGUAUUUAAUGCAAUAAAUAAUGUCUUAUCAUACGAGUAUAGCUGAUUCAAUUAUUACUAUUCUUAUUUUUACUAAAAUAUUUUUUUGUUUUAGGACUCAAUUUUAAUUUCAAAAUGAAUUUUUUCCAAUCAUGACGAGGAUAUUCAAGCCUAGAAGCCCUGACUCCUGAGUACGUUAAAUUAAAAUUGUAAUAUGUGGGUACAUGUUUAAGUGAAUUUUCCAAUAACUGAUAUGUUAUCACUUAGAAUUUGACUAAUAGAUAGGCUAUGCCCAUAAUGGGUUGUGGGCUAAGAUAUAAUUUAUCACUCGACAGUUUUUUACACAAUAUUGAAGAUAUUGUUGAGAUACAAAAUUAUUUAGAAGAAUAAUUUGUGAUCAAAAUAAAUUUAAUCAUUGUAAUUCGUAAUAAAUCUGUGUGACCUAUAAUUUUAAAAUUAUAAGAAAACAUUGUUAAGUCAAAAAUCAGAAAAAAGAACUUAAUUGGAAAACAUAUUGUUGUGUAUUAAAUGUUCCAAAUGACAAACAUCACAAUCUAUAAUAAUAUCUAAAGUAGUUACUAAAGAAUAUAUUUAUAUAUUUUAAUUAUAACUCUGUAUUUUCAGUAUUCUAAUUACACCAAAGCUGAACAAAAUGAAUUGGAGCUACUCGUAUUACAAGAUAGAAAGUUUAACAUGGAAAUCAAAUGAACCCUAAACAUUAUCCACUAACGCUAUUUUAAUAUUCAAUGAAAAUAUAAUUUUCAACAUUUUACAAUUCAAUGUAACAUAGUAGUACUUAUGUUAUAUAAGUAUAUUUUAGAUUGUAUAUUUUCUAUUGUUUACUGCAAUAUGACCGCAGUACCUAAACACGAAUCACAAUUUCUAUUGCUGAUUAAACACGCCAAUAGAGCUAAAUGUAUUGAAUUAAUUAUUUAUAUUAAAUCAAUUUAAAGUAUUUUAUACCAGUAAAUAGAUUGAACAUAAACAUCUUAAACAAUACAAACCAUAUUAAUGGUUUUUUACCCAUGUUAAGUAAUGCUGUUAAAAUUUAAUGCUUACUGAUCGUACAGCAGUCAAUUCUCUAAUUUUUUUUAAACUCAUUAGUUAUUUUGUAUUGAUAAUUGUUUCGUUUGUUGUUCAUUUGAAUUACUGAAAUAUUCAAAAUUAAAACUAUCAUAUGUGAUAUUUUAAUGUAAUUAUUGUUCAAGUCAAGUCUGUUAUUGAAACCUUUUUUUUUACAGUAAAAACAGAAGUCAUAAAAUUACACUAGGAUGCCCGUUCGUAUGCACACGUAUAUAAGACCUCAUUUUUUCAUAAAUUUUGGUGAAAAUGGUUUUAUAUGAACUUAUUUUACAUAUCAUAUCAGCCGUAGUUUCAGUAGUAAUGUCAUACAUUUUCAGGUGGUAAACAUUUUUCUGAAGGUGGGGGGGGGGCGGGUAGUGACCACUCUCUCAAUAAAACACUGAUUUUGAUACAUGAUCAAUUAAUGAUAAUAUAGGUAAGUACCAUAGUUAUCUAGACAGUUUAGCAUACGGAAUAUUAUUGUUGAAGUGUUUAUAGUUAACUUUACGAAAUUUUCUACUAGAUCAGUAAGAUUUUUAAGAAAUAAAUAAGUUAUGUUACCAACCACUAGGUGUAGGUUACUAAGAACCAAAUUUGUAUAAAUAUACUUCUGUUGAAUACUGUGCAACUACUAAAAAAACUGUCAGUAUAAUAUUAUAAAUAGGUAUCUCUCUUUUAAGAUUUAUAUUUUUAAGCCAAGAUUAUCCUCAAACCAUAAUAUUUACAGAGAUUAUAAUCUAAAUAAUAUGCUUAAUUAAUUAGAAAUUAUUAUUAUUAGAAAAAAAGAAAUUAUCGAGAAUUGAUACUUACUAGAUUAAUUCAUAAUUUGUACAUAUUAUGAAGUUCUGUAUUGACUAUUAUUGGUUGAAAAAUAUUAUUAUUCUAAAUACAAAAAAAAAAAAAAGAUUAAUAAUUAAAUAACAAUUUUAAGUUUCAAAAAUCAUUAAUAAACAAAAAAAAAAAAAAUGUAUUAAAGAAAAAUUCUACAUUAUUUUAUCUUUGGUUACAAAAUAAAUAUUAGUUUAAUCGUGGUUUAGUUUUGUAAUUAUUAUUUUUAACUAAGAUGGAAAUUAUAAUUAUCUAAUAAUUUCUAUUGAUAAAUUAAUGAGUUUAAAAAUAUAUAUAUUUAUACACCUAUAAAAAUAAAUUUAAAAUAUAUCAUGAAUUAUAAUUGAUGUAACUAUAGGAACUUUGUUCUUAGUUUUUUAAUAUGGUUAAACAAUUCAUCAUCAGAUGAAGCACAUUCUUGUGCACAACGUUUGCAUUCAUUAAGAAAUUUUUCUUUAUCAAUUUCAGUGAUUUCCU